GGAGACAUAAAUACAUGGGGUGACUGAACAUAAGUGGUUCUUGUAUGUUGUUAUCUAGUAGGUGUAGAAAAAAAUGCGCGCCAUGGGAAGCCAUCUUCAAAAGUUUCAGAAAAAGUCAAAUAAUGUACGAAGCUCUGGCCGUAAGACACACAGUAACGCAGAAGGAACAAGGAAAACAUUUUUUAAGACGGUAAAUAUUUACUAAAAUAAGCGAACAGUCGAGGUACUGGAUAUAAAUGACGUAAGGAAAUUCAAAUCAACAAGUCGAUGAGUGCAAGCCCGCCAGUUUUGUUUUGCUUCAAACUUCGAGGCUAGAUAUUGCGACUGCCAUCAUACACCUUCCAAGAAGUUUGUUUUCUUAAGAGAACAAGAAAUUUUUUUCUGUAUACAAAAAAGAAGAUAAAACUGUUCUCCUCUACCUGUUUUAUGUAAAACAAAUUGUCACUGAAAAAGAACUUGAUGGGUAUUAGAGGAGAUGAUUUUAAUUGUCUCAAUGUUGCACGUUCAUGAAAAUGGACAUUUUGAACAAGAUUUUGAGGGGUGAUAAUGCAGAAGGUAUGUUUUCCUAUUAUUUUCAAUGGGAGUAAACAUGACUGCUGAAUAAAUGAGUAAGUAUGAAAAUAAUGAUGAUGUGGUGGCCGGAGCAUACAAGGAGAAUGAGUGUCUGAGCUGCACGGUUUUGCUGGUUCUUUUCUGAAAAGAAGGCUGACUUGACUCAAUUUAAGUUUCACUUGAUUGUUCCCGUUAACCUUAAAAGAAAUGUGGGGUGCAAAAUGUCCUUCUUCUAAUGUUGACAUUGUAGCUUUUUUGGGCUAGUACGUCAAUCAAUGAGCAUCGCCUUGCCGCUGUAACAAGCCGUACGCAAAUCCUUUCAUUACAAAUCAAUAUCGUACUUGUUUGUCUCUCCAAUUGCACAGAAAUCUAGCCUGAGUUUAAACCUUUCGAUUUAAGGAUUUCAACAUCCUCUAAUCUUUUCACAAUUGUAAUUUCUGUUUCCUUGACCACUUUUACCAUAUAAAACAGGGGCUUCAAUACUCAAACAUUUACCUCAUUCUAUAACCACCAUCGUGUAUUUCCAUUUUUCAGAAAUUAUUCUUUUUGACGCAGUAGUGCAAAGUUUCAAAGUUUCGAAAUUCAAAAUUUUAUUCUCAGCAGCUUUAUUCCACCACAACAAAACUUUGUUCAUUCUCAUUAUUUUUUAAAGUUUUAAGUUGUCUUCCGCUUUUUCCCAAUGAAAUGACUUGACAUUUUCACUCACGAGUGUUAGUCAUCCAUAAAAUUGUUUUAGAGGUAAGUUAACAAUCAAUGCAUUUCAGCCACACGCGAGUAAUGAACGUCACAAGAUAAUUCAUCUUUGAAACAACACACAAUUUUUAUUAUAUAACAUUUACUGAAGUUACGUUUAUUUUGGAUCAGUUCCUGUUGAAUUACUAGGUUUUAAGAAGCACGCGCUAAAGCAUAUUUUAAAAAUAACCCGAUGCUCCAUCAAAGGAAUUUGUAUCACGUUUAAUUUUUUAAUGUGUAAAUUAUUCCAAGUUGGAAGUCUAGGAAACCUCUUUGGUUUUAACCACUCAGCCAGAAUAGACUGGAAAAAGAACUAUUACAAAUUCUUUUAGUAGUUUUUGAAAAGUAGUUGUAAUGAAACAUUAAUUUCAUUGUGCCUGUCGUAGUUGCUAUGGACAGGAUAUAUUCAGCGAAUUAUGAUAACCGAAUCUUAUGUACAGGGUGACAUGGACGUUGUUUAUUCCAGUUAGAACUGAGAAAACAAGUAAAACAACCCCUUCUUCCAAGGAAAAUAAGUGUAACAAAAGGCAGAGAGUAUAAUCCACGAGUCAUCUUACACUGAGCUCAUUCGUGAUAACACAUGACUAUGAUGCAACAAAAAUCAAUUGUCAUACGUAGCUCACCUGAUCUGAUUAGACAGCAGCUAAUUCAGAAAUCUUCAUUAAGAGAUAACUAAAACAAAUAACUAAAAAAGGAAAUCAUCUCGGAAAGUAAUGGUCAAACUACGCAUUUUUUCAAAAAAGCUAGGUACCAGGUAAUGCGCGUGCAACGCACCAGAAAAAAUCCGACAAAAACCAAAUUAAACUUUCUAUUAUAUAAUUUAAAAACGGAACUGCUUGAUACAUGUGACCGUGCUUAAGGAGGUUUUUCAUUAAGUGGUGCAGUUUCCCUUUUCGUUUUCGAUACUUAUCUAUGUUAUUUUAGUUGUAAUUACUCAUUGUUGUUUUUCUUAGUUUUGUUUUUAUAGUUAAGAGACGCGCUUAAGAAGUCUUACAACAACGAUAUUCCUUAUUGAAGAGUUCUAAACAGGUGCGGCCGCAGCAAUGACAGCAGCGAAAACGUCACUUAAUUAAAAAGGGAAUUUGCCAUGUUUGAAACUUCAUCAUUAUUUCUUGUUUAUCGUCUAAUUUGCCGAAUGUUGGCAAAUUAUUCUGAUAUUAAUUUUUAAAGAAGUCGUGCAAUGCUGAUUAGGAAAGGGAACAGAAAAACGUAAUGUCUUGUGUUCAUCCAUAACAAGUGAAAUUAGUUCACGUCGUGGUGGUGCGAUGAUGUCAACGACGAAAAAGCGAGAAAAGUUGUUGUUUUGCUUCCUAUUGAUUUUUUUCACGUUUUGCGUUCUCGCUGCCGUCGCCGUCCCCGUUCCCGAUUGACAGGUUUAAGGGGCCACAUCUUUCGCAUAGAUUAUACUAUUUGUGAAGGUAAAUAAAAAUAGUACGUACCGUUGUACCGGAAUUAAUGGAAAUUACGGUUAACACAGCGGGGCAAUAUUAAGAGCAGUGUCGCUUUGAUCCUCUAUUCUCUAUUUCAUUCUAUACAAAGGGCGAAAACAACAAGAAAGGAAAAGAAAAGAAAAAGAGUGGAAAGGUCCAAAAAUCCACGACAGUUUCGGGGAAACGAUAUGUUUGGAACUCUAUACCGUUAUAAGAAUACGCUGAUGUUCAAUAAUAAAGUAAAAUGCCUGUCGUCAGCUGUCAAAUUGGAGCAUCCGCUGACCGGCGUCUCAUGAUGGCAUCCUGAGCUCUGGCUAGGAGCGAUAUUCAACGAGGUCACGUAUUCCCACGAGAUCUUUUGCGAAAUUUUUCUCUUUAGAUCAAGCUAUUGAGGUAAAACGAGUCCUUAUCGUUUGUCUAUGUUAUGUAACAUUGAUCCUGGGCAACGUAUGACAACAAAUAGUUUCAAAAUGUGCUUAACGAAUGCAUCUCACACCGUCAUGACGUGGUGGGCCUGAGAUGUACAUGAAUAUAACCAUCAUUAUAUAAAGCAGAUAAAGCGAUUAGAUGGCUAUAAUUCCCAAAGGCGCUCAAGUGCAGUCAAUAGAGUUCUAAAGUGAUGACGUUGUUAUAAAAUCAAAUUUGUGCAAUUAUGGGAGUUUUCGGGGUAUUCUGAAAGAACAACAUCUAAAAGGCCUACGUACUUGCAAAAAACUAGGCAGCAUUUCUCCAACUCCAUACAAAUCCUACUAAAUUUAACUCGGCUCAUGACAAGACGUCACACUUUAGGACUUAAUUAAAAGAACAAUUCAGAGCGUAAAUUUAUGAUAUAACACCAAUGAAAUACCACGCGAGCUUUCGAGGGAAAAAAUGACAUCCCCUCGACACGUGAAAAGGAGACAUGUUAUUUUUACACGUGAAAAGAUCACUGUUGCUAUGGUUGCAUAAUAAAUCGCACCCUUUGUUGGAGAGGGGAAGGACUGAAAUUUUUGGGCAAGGAUACGAUUUUGGGGUAUAAAGUGAGUAGUUACCGGGUAGUUUGCAAGCUACAGACAUGCCAAUUAAGUGUUCUCUUGAUGUUUAUUAUUAUAUCGUUAUCAUCAUCAUCAUCAUCAUCAUCAUUAUCAUUAUCAUUAUUUUAGUGACGCUUUUAACUUGCUGGAAAUAAAUCUUUGAUUUUGUUUGAUCAUUAUCAGCAGCUGGGCAAAGUAGGCUAAAAAAAUUAAUAACUAAAAAUACAUGACUAUGUAAUGAUCUUGUUCAUAUCUCGUGACCUUUCAGCUAUUCUGUGUUUUCACUCACGUGGCCAGCAUCUAUGCAAAUUUAUUGGAACAAAGGAAACCGUUUACAUAAGAAAAGAGUUCAACUCCCACAGGAUUGGUUUGGGACACAAAUAUGGCCGCCAUGACGUCAUGUGAAAACACACAAUACAUUGUUCAGGAUUCCACUUCAAUUUACCACUCUACUAUUCAAUCUAGCAUUAGUCGCUUAUAUUAUUUUCUCAAAAUUUUAUUGUUCCCUCAUUAAAGUUAGUAUGGUAAUAUUCAUUAAUUCCAACAACAACAACAGCAUCUUUCAAGGGCUUUCUAGCUGGGCCCUGUGUUUCUGGUGGCAACUGCCUGCAUAAGUGUCCUAAUGCUGCCUAACGCCGCGGCUGCUGUGUGGUUGAGGUGGGAAGUUAUUAGCUGAAUAAAAAUAACCUCUGUUCUGCAUGGUAAAACUAAUAAUAUGAAAGCUCAGUUUCCCACUGAGCUACCGUUCUCACCCGUUGCGUAACAAAAAACUUGGAAAUUAAAAGACACUUUAGUUCGAAACUAAGGCAACUGAUCUAAUACAUGAUGAAAUAAAAUAACAUCAGGGACGUAUAAAUGAUCGACUCAGUUUAACCAACGCAAGGUGUCUGACAAGAAUACCCCCGUAAAUAGAAUAGCUUAAGAGUUCAAAAACUAUAUUUAAAAAAUUUCAUUUUCUGAAAGAAGUUCUUGUUCGCCUUAGACUCUAAGUCAUAAGUGGCCAACUUUUUUUGCAAACUAAAAAAUUUGUUUUUCUCCUCAGCUUUUUCUAACUGAAACAUUGGGUCCUUACUGAGAAAAAGUACAAUAAUUAGAGCAGAGGUCAGCAUGCGCAAGUCCGGCUGUCUUUUCGAAUUAAAAACCAAGGAUUAAAGAACUGCGAUGAAAGUCCUGUGACUUUUCAUUUUCUUUUAGAAGCUCAAAGCUCGUGACGUUUCGGAUUCUCUCGGAAUCCCCAACUUACAUUUUUAUUAUUUAUACUUUCUGGUAAUAAUAGAAUAAAUACAACCAUCGUAGAUCACAGGUGUUGGAUUUAUUCUGCCUUCAACCAAAGCGACCAAGCCAAGCUUAACGUUUGACGUUCGAGUUAAGAAAAACCUUUGGGAAUGUCGUCACCAGUAAUAGAAAUAUUCAAAGAAACAAAAAAGGUAUGGUGUCUACUAUCGAUAACCAACUGAUCUUGCGGCUCCUAUAGUGCGUACGUUACAACGCUAGGCGCUACGCUACGCUUGGGUGUUUGCCGUUUGUCAGUGAAGGCGUGUCUUGUAGUAGCAUGUGUAGCUGGAGCAAAUACGAGGGAGAGGAAAUUCAGGAAAUAGGAAAAUAGGCAUCUGAGGAAUCUAUGAUUUCUGUCCCUCGUUGAGAUGCGUUUGUUUUCUCGACAGACGGAGCUCACCUGGAUGAAUGAGAGGACGCCGGAACCAAGAUUUACCAUAGUGUCGAAAGUUCGAGAGCGUUCUGGAACAGCAUAUUUAGAAGCAACGAAGCGAGAAGGCGAGGAGAUUCCUGUGGACUUUGUUGGAAACGAAUACAACGAUACAACAGGUUUAAGUUUAUUACAGUUAUUAAUUUAAAUAAACAAAACAUAAAUAGCAAUUUGCUAUCACCGUAGUCGAAUAAAAUAAGAAUGUACAGAUUUGGGAGAAUAAGGGACUACAUAGGUCGGCUCACGGCUGAGUUCACAUAGCCUGUUUUACUUGGCAAACGCGAACAAUCGUACUGAACGUAUAACUUAUAUUACUUACUACAAUAUAACAACAACAUGGCGUACGGCAUGGAGAUCGAGUUCAUGAGAAGAGAGGACGUAACUGAUACUUAAGUCACUGCAGGGAGAAGAUCACAAACACUCACUAUUCCACACCUUAACUUAAGACAUAUGUUAGGUGACCAGGCAAAAUCCACCAAAUAUACAUUCUGGGAACAUUUCUUGAAGCAAAAGAUAUUAAACAAUGGAAAUGUUAGCCUGCAUGGCAGAAGUUUCAAGAGGGUCUCAAUGGGGUUAACCGAUAGGCGUAAAACGGCCCAAAAUUUAGUCGAUAGCCGUAAAAAUUGAAAAAUUUUAACCGUUAGCCGUAAAUAGGGUAAAAAGAGUUAACAGUAAAAUAAAUUUUGCUCCUUAAAUUUGAUAAUUUGAGGAAGGUGCUAAACUCACCGUAGAACGGUUGUGUUUCUUAUUUCGCGGCUACUUUGGCUCUUUACGUUCCCGUUUCUACUAGUUUUGCUUUUCACGCAGAUUCUGUUCAAAUAAACUGUUAUGUCUUUUAUAAGGAAUGGUCCUUUUCAUGGCUCACAAAAAAUUCCAGUUGACUGGCAAUAGCUUAACCUUUUGUUUCUAUUUUAAACAAAGAGUUCUGCAGCUUAAGAGAAUAAGAAAACUGCGGCAAAGAUCUUCAAAGCCGCGUACUUCUCAGCUUGGCUCCGACACUUGUAAAUGUGAGAGUCACAGAAAUGUUCGAGUCUCAAUCUGUAUGCUUGUUCCUUUUUAGUUCAUGUUGUACAAUCUGUUCUUCAAUGGGGUAAAGAUCCUAUCGUGGUAGUAAAAAGAGGAGAGGGUAGCAGAUACAAAGCGACGCCGAAGAACGAAUCAGUAGCCCCUGAAGAAAAGGAAAUCACGCAAAGAUGCAAAAGAUGACAAACGUUUUCAUAGUUGACAUUUCUAUGCGUAAAAUGAUAUUAGAAGUGGAAUACUCUAAAAGCGUGAUCUAUGAAAUAUUAAAAAUUUUCAGAAGAAUAACUUAUUUCAUCCAGAGAUGACCCUAAGACAUUCAUGUUGCUUUAAAGAUACAAAAAAAUACAGGUUUAUUAUUUACUCUUUGUAACAAAGAAAUUAAUUUUUAAUUUUAUAAUUAACCGUAACUGAAAAAAAUUAACCGAUAGCCGUAAAAGAGCCAAAAUUUUAGCCGAUAACCGUAAAUGCUACCACCCCAUUGAGACCCUCUUUCAAAGGGAAAGGGAAACUGAGUGGGAAAUUAGGGGGUAAGAGAAUGGCCCGGGGAAAGGGCGCGCGAGGUUGGACGUUACCAUCGGGUUCUCGCCUGCCCAAUUUACGAGCACUUGCCACUGUGGCAUUUAGUAGCCAAGUUUGGGAGAUUUAAGGAAGGAAGGAAACUAAGAUAACGUCAGUCGUAACAACUAGUCUGAGUUUCAAUUAUGAGCCUAAGUAAAACAAAAAAAUUCCUAGCCUGUUCCACUGAGGCGUUCAGAUAGUAGAGCACGGUGUUUAGAUCGCUUGGAACAGGCUUAAAACUGAUCAGUCUCGUCAGACAAUAGCAUAUAGUUAUCUAUAAUUGACGUCACAUUUAACACAUCUGGAUCCCGUAAGGUAGUGCGUGCCAUUUUUGACAAGUAAACCUCUCGUGUUACAGUCAACUGUAAUCAGCUUAUUACAGACACCCAAAUCCAGUGUUGCAUAGAUGCCGGAAAAGGACGACGACAAGAUCAGGAGGAGGUGCCCUUCGUUCCUCGUAUUGAUCAAGUGUCUAAAACUUUUCAAUGCACAUUGUCCAUAGACAGAACUUACUGGAAGAUGAAAGAUCUGCAAGCAGAUUAUUGCAUUUGCUUUUGGCUCAUCCAAGUCUUUAUCUUAAAUCUGGCACACACUGAGUAGAAAUCUGCACAAAAUACAAUUGGCAUCGUGGCAACUUGAGCACUAGUUUAGCUACCGGUAGAUAUUCCGCCUCAAAAUCAUCAUAUUUACAAGCCAAAAAUUCAGCGUCAUUUUCACCUACUGGUACUACUUGAAUAAAAACGAUCAAUCCCAUACUUUAAAAUUUAUUGAUAAAAGUCACAAAAGCUUUUCCUUAGGAAUCUGUUUUCGAUGUAAAAUCGUAAACAGCGCGAGAAUCGGAAUAUCCAUCUUAACUCACCUCUUUUAUGAGAGACUAACAGCUGGAUCUGGCCACUUCCUCAUACAGUACUAGUAAGAGUAUCAAUAUAAUAUCUAAAAGAUUCUCUCUGUUACCUGCUGCAUAAUCAGGAACUUGAUCAAAAGUCCGUUUUGUAUUUCAGAGUUUUUUGUCGGACAGGAUGAUAAAGGACACAACACCUUCUCAUGCUAUAUAGAGGGUCAAGAAUACUUCCUGUGUGCAGAUAGUAACGAUAAUGUGUGUCUGAUGGUAAGUAAGCGAUUUGAGCUAAAUGGCAAGUCAAAUGAAAGAAUUUCAUACUGAUCUUAUUCGGACGUAGUGCAUCCCGAUAUCAAAUCUCUGCAACAUUUGUCAUGAAACUGUUCGACAAAGUUCAAUCUGACAAGACUUCGACCCAGCUCAAGACCUUGAAGGUCCAAGAAUAAUAACAAUAAUGUUAAUGAUAAUAACAAUAAUAAUUAUAAUAAUAAAUAAUAAUAGGGGGCAUGUCCUCUGCAAAUUUGGUCGUGGGGGACGUAUAUUUAAAAAAAACGAUCGCUGAAAAUAUAAAAUAUAACUUUAAAAAAGCUUCUUUGAAAAGAAGUAUUUUAAUUUUUUUCUUGAAAACAUUAAGGGAUUGGAUUGAUCCUGUGGCAUUAGGUGAUGCUUUCCAAAGUCUGGGGGCACAGUAGCCUCUCACGCAGGCGUUUUUAAGGGAGCUCGUCAUUCAUCUCUCCCCACAAACGCCUGCUCAACCGAAGACAACAUUCCUUUCCCAAGCCUAGCCAAUCACAUUGUACUUUCCAAAUUCUGGAAACUAAGUUGACCUUGACCGCAGGGUAACUGAUAAUUACUCGAUAUGCAUGAAACACUGGGAAAGCUUUCUGACCUCUAAUAAAUGUUAGUUUCAGAGCGGCAAAAGUAAGAUUUACUCAAAUUUUAGAGUACUCAAUGUACUGUAUAACCUUAGCGAAGGCCGGUGAAAGAAAAGAAGGAAAAAGGUAACUCUAGGGUCACGUUUUAGUCGUGUUUAGCCUGUCAACACUUUACUUCACAACUGUUGAUUGGUAACUUACCACGCAACUAAAACAAUGGGAAAGGAAUGUUGUUUUCGGUUGAGCAGGCGGGAAGAAUUGAAAAACGAACUCCCCUAAAAACGCCUGCGUGGGAGGCUGGGGGCACAGCAACUUGAAAAGAUCGGUCUCCGUCAGGAGCCCAUAACUCGUCUCCGUAAGACUUCAUAUUAGACUUUGGUUAAUGAAGUCGGAUUACCAGCGUGAACAACUACGGCAGGUAGUGCAGUUACGGACGACUGCAAGGAGACGAAUAGUUACUAGAGUGGGAAAACUAAUCCAUGUUUUUCACUUUUACUAGCAUUUAUGUCUUAUACUUUCCCCCUUAGAUUUCGCCCAUCACAAAAACUCAAAAAUGCAGCUACAAGAUCGUGACCAUUGCGAGUGCAGCGGGCAACGAAUUUAUUCGCAGAAAAUUGGGAAACCACAAUAUAUCCUUGUGCUAAUGGUCAGAUACGACAACAACAAAAAUCUUUUUUUUCUUUUGCCCAUAGAGUUCCAUUGGCAGAAACCCUUUAAAUGAUGUCAGGUUCCUGUUUAAUGUUGAAAGAAUCUAUGAUGGUAGUAAAUAUUGUAGGAUUAAGUCUGCACAAACAAGAAAGUUCCUUGUUAGUCACAAAGAGACUGGUGAAGCAUCUAUGGAAAAUGUAAAGUCAGUGCGGAACAGACAAGCAUGGUUUCAAAUUAUUCAGGUGCAAGAUGACACGGUGACUGAUAGAGGUGUGCACACGAUCAGAGAGGAUACUGUCUUUGCAGCAAGAACUUUCACAAUCCCAGAAUCUGUUUCUUGUACUUGGACAAAAGUGUAUAGUAAAUAA